AUGCCGCAGCUGGAUAUUGUAUAUAUCUUCACAAACUACAUCUGAACCUGAACUAUUCUAUUAUCAUUAGUAUGAAAAAUCCAAACCGCUCUCCUCAAUAAAGACUUUGAAGAAGCCGUCUCCCUAGACGACCUCAAAACAGAAUUAAUCUGAAUCUUACCAUGAACAUAA